AUAAAGCAACGACCUGUAGAAUUAAUUAAUCACAUAAGUUCAAACAAACAGCUGUAGUUUGUAACUCAGUGCUUCCAUUCCACUUGUUGCACCCACUUUCAAAAAGUUUGGCGUUAUUUGUGCUGUGCUGUUCACCUGUUUGUGAGAAAGUAAACUUCAUUCAAAUCAGACAUUUACAAAGAAAUAGUAUUCACGUUAUCAAUUUACCGUUAUUGUUGACGUUAAAAUCAUAGAUUACUGUGUGGUUUGCGCUUAAUAAAUGCUUGUAUUUAGCUUCGUUACGAUGCACCUGCAAUCGAGUGCAUUACAUCAAUGCAACCAGUGUUAGUGUUAUGAAUUAUUUGUUGUUAUAAUAUGAUUUUGACAUGAUUGAACGGGAAAAUAAAGAAUUGUGUUUAUCUUUACCUACAUGCUCGCUCAUUUUGAGCAGGUAAAUAAAUCGAACCCAUCGAAACAGUCAUCAGACCCGAAAAUGACUCAUACGUGGUCACUGGCAAGAAGAUAUUGUUUUGUUUUUGUGAAAAUUCCGUACUGAUGACUGUGCUUGAGAAUUUUAGAAAAAAAAUUGGUGUUGUGACUGUAGUGUCCUGUGAAGAGGUGUUCUUUAUUUAAAUUUUCAAACCAAGAAAUUUGCCGAUGUAUUGGAGAGUGCCAGUAUUUUGUAUUUAAAAUGAGUGAAUAAAAUGGCCCAAAAUUCAAUGGAUUCAGACAGAUUAUCUUCUGCUGGUAUUUCAACACAUAGCUCCGGUACUGCAGGCACUGUUGGAGGGUCUGUUAUAGGUGUGAGAGUGGGAGAUCCAAAUCAUAAGAGAGAAAAUGAAAAUGAAUACAAUUUAGGACCAUUGCCACCAAUGUGGGAAAAAGCAUUUACACCAUCAGGGGAAACAUAUUUCAUUGACCACAACACUGGCACCUCUCACUGGUUGGACCCUCGGUUAGCGAGAGUAAGGAAACAUUCCCUGGGUGAAUGUGGUGAGGAUGAACUACCAUAUGGAUGGGAGCGUGUCACGGAUGAAAGAUAUGGCUCUUACUAUGUGGACCAUAUAAAUAGAAGAACACAGUAUGAAAACCCAGUGCUUCAGGCCAGGAGGUUGAGGGCUGAAAAAUUAGCUGCAGAAAAUGGCGGCAGCAGUCAACCAAACGGCGCAACGCCCACAGGAGAGCUUCGCGGCGAUAGAUUCACUCUCACACUUACGAAAAGCACACAGGGCUUGGGUUUCACGUUAAUUGGAGCGGAAGGUAUACCCGAGACGGAAGGCUAUCUACAGAUUCGCAGCAUCGUACCGCACAGUCCUGCCUGGAUAGAUGGCGCGCUCCGGCCAGGAGACGUAGUGGUGGGCGUUGGAUCGCGUGCAGUCCGCGGCCUCACGCAGGCGCAGGUGGCGCAGAUGUUCCAGUCCAUUGCACCCGGAACUGACGUCACGCUGCACCUCGUACGCGGUUACCCUUUGUCGUUCGACUCUGAAGAUCCAAACACGCGAGUGUUAAGCACGCGCGCCGUCGAUGCCAACACACCGCCUACUUCCGAUGCUGUGGCCAUGCAGCAGCUCACUAGGGCGCUACGGACCAGAUUCAACCUGGAUUCACCGAAUCAUGUGGAAGCCAGUCCCGGAGAGGACGAGCCGGACAACGGACAGUCCGGACAAAGCGCGGGCCAGCGGCGGCUCAUGUCCAGAUCGUUCGACUUGGACGAGCUGCCCACCACACAGUCCGUGGUCGCCCCGCCACGGUGCUCCUCCGCUGAUCACCUUCUCUCCCUAUCGCAGGAGGGCGGGGCGGGCGCGGGGUGCGGGGCGGGCGCGGGCGCGGGGCCGGCGGCGGGGCUGGGCCCGGGCGGCCGGGAGCUGCGCGUGCGGCUGCGGCGCGGCGCGGCUGGGUUCGGGUUCACCAUCGCCGACAGUGUGCAUGGACAGAAGGUCAAGAAGGUAUUGGAUCGUAGUCGCUGUGCAGGACUACGGGAAGGUGAUCUCUUACUGCAGAUCGGUGAUACUGACGUGAGACACUCGCCGCACCAGCGUGUAGUACAAGUGCUGAAGGAGUGUCCCCCGCUGCAGGAGACGUCGCUGCGCGUGUGGCGCCGCCCCCCGCCCCGCGCGCGCUCCGCCACCAGGCUGCACCGCGACCACUCGCCCGCAAAUAACAACCAAUUGGGCAGAAGUAAAACACCAACCGCUGAACAACUGAGAUCUGGACUACAACAAGACAGCAUGCGUGAUAUGAUGAACGGCAUGGACUCUGUCGAAGCUACAUACGCAGUUCCAGAACAUAAAGGACGAGAACGGGAGAGUCUUAUCGACCGACGACGGCGCAGUAGCACCCCAGGGGGUCGACUGACCCUUCCUGUAGUUACCCCAUGGACCGAACCACAGAAUGACAACCAAUGGUGCCAACCUGAACGAGAAACCUGGGUUGAUAACUCCAACAAUAUUCGAAACUGGGCUGAGAAUACCCAAACUUGGGACGAGAAUGGACAAAAGUGGGAUGUAAAUGGACAGAAGUGGGACGUAAAUGGACAGAAGUGGGAUGAAGGGGUGAACAGUGUGGGUUGGGAUGGAAACCCGGAGAGGUGGAAUGGGAAUUGGGGGGAAGUGCCAACACCGACAGUGCAUGUUGAUAUGAAUGCUGCAUACUGUAGGAGUAAUGCAAGUGUUGCAGAUAGCAGUGAUAAUGGUGGUUUCCAAGAGGAAGGUCGUGUUCAGUCCCCGGCGGUCGCUCUGGGCAACUCUCACGCCGCACUUCGCAAUGCUCCUGGCGAUUCUCACAACCAUACAGGCCACCUUCGAAGCCAUUCACCUUCAAAUAACAGCACUACGACAGACCAACUGCUGGCCAACUCGCCCUCCGCGCGGCUCCAAAGUCAAUCUCCGUCCAAUAAUUCCUCCAAUAGCAGGAUCAAAGGAUCACCGCUAAGGUUGCGGUCAACGUCUCCGUCGCGCCGUAUGCAUUCCCCGGCGUGCUACGAACCCGAGCCACUCCCUCAUCCUGCGCCACUCUACGUUGCCAACUACCAGCAGCAAUACCCCGAGGCGGCGGACCCGAACGCCGACGUAGUGGUGCGGCUGGCGCGCGGCGCCGCAGGGUUCGGGUUUAGGAUCGUCGGCGGCACCGAGGACGGCUCCAGGGUCGCCGUCGGAUACGUCGUGCCAGGCGGUCCGGCGGCAGGGUUACUGCGUGCAGGAGAUCUGCUGACGUCGGUGGACGGGCGGCCGCUGGGCGGCGCCUCGCACGCGCGCGCCGUCGCCUGCGUCGCGCGCGCCGCCGCCCGCGGACACGUAACACUCGGCGUUAGACACAAUCGCGCCGAUAUACAACCAAUGGGACUCCCCACUGUGGUGGCGCCACAUCCCCAUCAACCUCUACUUACGGCGGACCCAUCGAUGCACCAAAUGGCUCCAGCUGCAUACAACAUACUGCACCCCGCGCCGAUGUACCCGCCCCCACAUGGACCCAUGUACGGCGUACAAUACGAUGGUGCAGUGGGAGGAUGGGCGCCCGUGCCAUAUGACGUCACCGUCACCAGAACAGAGGGCGAAGGCUUCGGAUUCGUCGUCAUCUCCUCCACCAACAAGGCUACCAGCACCAUCGGUCAGUUGAUCCCCAACUCGCCAGCAUCCCGAUGUGGCCUCCUACACGUCGGAGACACCAUCGUGGCCAUCAACCGGAUACCGAUCAGGAACCUGCCUCAUCCGGAAGUGGUGGCGCUGAUCAAACACUCGGGCACAACGGUCACACUUACCGUUCUACCGCCGGACGGUCGAGUUGAUUGAACAGUCGGUAUUUAUAAUUAUAGAUCAAUCAUGGUCAUAUAAUGUUGUAGUGACUUCAAAAUGGAUCUACCACCAUUGUUAUAGAGCUUUAUAUUCUUUGACAAACCUAUUCAGAAGUAUUUUAAUUUAUUUACUUCAGGCAAAUUAAUAUUAUUUAUAUAACAAUAUCGACUCAUAUUAUAUGUACCUUAAGAAGUAACAUAUAUAGAAAAUAAUAAAAUAUUAAUAACGUCUUUAUGGUCACCAUACUCACU